GAGUAAUACAGCUCCUGGUUUCUGAAAAUCCUUUUUCUUCAUUAGUUUGGCACUCUUUGUUCUUGUCUUCUGAUGCAAAAGCUACCACCAGUUGAUCAAACUGGUUCAGUUAGGACACCAGGGAAAGACUGAAAGUUCAAAGUCCCUUUGAUUCUGGAAUGAUCUUGUUCCUACCAAACAUGGGAAAAGAGACCUGGGAAGGGCCAGAGUUUUUUCAGGAAUGUGUUGGGAAAAUACACUUGCUUUAAUUUCUUUUCUUUUUUCUUUAUUAUAUAGCUUUUUAUUUACAAGUUAUACACAUGGGUAAUUUUACAUCAUUGACAAUUGCCAAACCUUUUGUUCCAAUUAUUCCUCUCCUUCACCCCACCCCCUCCCCCAGAUGGCAGGUUAACCAAAACAUAUUAAAUAUGUUAAAGUAUAAAUUAAAUACAAUAUAAGUAUACCUGUCCAAACAGUUAUUUUGCUGUACAAAAAGAAUCGGACUUUGAAAUAGUGUACAAUUAGCCUGUGAAGGAAAUCAAAAAUGCAGGCGGACAAAAAUAGAGAGAUUGGGAAUACUUGCUUUAAUUUCUGCUCUAAAUUUCUUGCUUUUAAUUUAAUUUCUCCAAUUCUAGAUAAUUGAUGGCUUUUUACAUUGGUCCCCUAAGGGCAUCAAUUCUUAAGUAAGUUUUAGUAGAUUUCUCAUCUGGUGUCCUUUUACCUUGUCAAAUGAUUUUCAAAGACUUUUUUUUCCCAAUUAGUCUAAGGCCUAUGGUUGAACUUGCUAUAUUAGGGGUCAUAACUUAAGUGAGGUUAUUUUGGGGAGAACUUUGGGGGGGGUGUGCUUGAGAAAUUCUCCUUGAAACCCCUCUGGGAGAAAUCUGCCCCAAGGAAUCAAGAUAAGUAGUUUCUUUCUUGAAGAUUAGUCCAGGGACACUCUUUCAAUUGGAAAUCUUAUAUUCAAUUGGAAGAUUUUGGUCUGAUUCCAACUCAAACUGCCCCUGUCCCCAGCCAAGAUAAAAUAGGUUCCAGCUCACUUGUUUCUUAGCAGAGGCCCAAAGCUCCUGCCAGUGGAUCUGAAAUGGACAAAUCCCUCCUUUCCGCCUCAGGCCAGCAGAAGAAAGUUUGCUUAGUUAGAUUGGGGAUCUCUUUUGUAUUUCAAAAGAUCGGGUCAACAAUGCCCUUAAGAUUAUCUGUUCCAGGUGGGUGGUGCUCAGGUGGUGCUCAAGAUUAAUCUCUUUAUGCAAAAUAUCUACUCCCACCCUGUUGUUAAAUGCUAAUCACAGAUUCCAAUGUAACAUAGCUGAACAAAGAAAAAUAUUUAUAAAAGCUGUCCUUAGUGGUGUGAGGAUACAGAAUUUUGACCAUUCCUUCCCGAGCUCGGUACCAAAUAAAUUCUAAAUCUUCCUCAUUGCGGCUGUCUUGAAUUUUAUUGCCUGGGCUAUUUCAGAUCUCUCCUUGGCAUAGCUAUCUUCGAGGACCCCCUGCCCACUGAGAAAACACCCUUUUCUCAGGGUUAACCCCUCUUUAUCUCUCUGCCAAGAUUGCUCUUCUAGACCUUUACUUCUCUGUCAGGACCUUGCUACUGAGGCAAAAGCUGACUUCUCAGUUCCAAUAAACUUCUUUUUGCAAGUCUAAAUUUCAGGUUCUGUAAUGUUGGAGAAACUGAGGCAAGAUAGAGAUUAGAGAGUAUUUAAUAUUUUCUUUGAAAGGGAGAGAGAUUUACUGGGACCAAAUGGAUGCAUGGUUUGGUCCCAGGGUUGAAUGAGACUAGAGAAGAAUCCAGCAAACAAUGUGAGUUCUCAAUGACAUAUAUGCCCAUGGCUCAGAUACAGGGGGUAGACAGCAGGGGUGGAGUCAGAGUGCUAAAAUGGGGAAUAGGACUCUGACAGAGUGGGGAGAGCACCUUACAUUCUGGGAUUGAAAGAGGCAUUCUGAUAAAUAGGGAAGGGCUGGGGUCAUGAUGUCUAAGAUAGAAGGUCUUUUAUCCUUAUCAAAUAUUCUGAUGAUUAGGAGGGAGAGAUGGUGUUGCUGGAUUGAGCAGAACAAUUAGGAACUGAAGCAGAGCAAUUCGGGGAAAGUGAAGCAGGACAAUUAAAGGGAAACUCAGUCAGAAUGAUUAGGGGAACUGAUUCAGAGAACUGUGGCACAAGUUUGUAAAUUCUUUCACGAAGGAUCUGCACUGACCAGAAGAGGUUCCCACAACUCUGCCCUGCGCCAAACCUCAUCAAAUCCACUGCUAUGAGGGGGGAGGAAGCAGAUUUCUCCUCAGUGUUCAUUCCUCAUUCAGCUACUGUUGCUACUUGUUCCACUGGUAUUUAUUCAGUAUUUGGCAUCUGAACUUCUACUAGCUCUUCUGAUAUUUCAACGCUCACAAAGUCCUAACUUGGUCAACUCUGUCUUUGAAAACUCAGGAAAGAAUUGACAUGAGAGACAAGUGAAACAGAAAUGCCACAUAUUCAAGGACUCUGUCUUUGAAAAUUCAGGAAAGAAUUGACAUGAGAGACAAGUGAAACAGAAAUUCCACAUAUUCAAGGACUCAUAAAAAGCAUAGACAAAAGAAGCAAAAGAAGUCCCAUGUACUCAUGGAUUCAAAUUGAAUCAGGUGGAAGAGCUUGUUGCUUUUAUCACAUCUUGUAAACCUCCUUACUCAAAAACUUCUAAGGAAGAGAACAAGAAAUCAUCUACUCCCAAAGCCAGAAAAUAAUGUUCAGGAGAGUAACAGAAGAGUUGCUGGCAUCAGUGAAACAAAGGUCAUAAAAUUUUUUGUUUGUUUUCAGUCAUUUUUAUUAAACCAUAGUCAUUUUGAUUUAGAUAGAACAGAAAAACAUGAAGGGUGCAAGUCUGGAAGCAGUAUUCUUAUAAUUUUCAUUCAGUUCCUUAUUUGCUUGAUGAAUAGUGCCCAGGGAAUUCUUUCCCCAACCAGGCAGGUACAAUAUGGACUAAGAACAAAAAUGGAUUUUUGACCACAAUGCAAAUGAGAAUUAAAUUAAAGGAGUGAGCAAAAAAAACAGAAGAAAGAGAAAUUAUCUUAGCCUGUGAAAAGACUAUUCUUUUUUGAGUAGCCUGACUUACAGAAAAAGCUUCAUAAUCAUUAGCUGACUAGAAUAUCUUUGGCUUUUUUAAGGAGAGAUCUGCUAACCAUAACAUCCACCACUGGAUGGUGAACAGGGUAGCUCAGCUGACUAUAACUUAGAUCCAGUGAGAGACUGAAAGAUCUGACUAAUAGAGCAAUUGCAGUCCCCUAGAGUGAGGGUGUGGAGUUAGGGGGAGAGGAGGAAGGGAACUGCUCAAUGCAGCAUUACAACAUUAUAACUCACUAGCUGAAGACCAACUGGAAUUGGAGACGUUAAGUUUAAUUCAUCUGAAAGCAGAAAAGUGACAUUGUCAAAGAUACCAGUACCUUUGCAGUAUUGGAAGCCUGGUUAGCCUCUUCAUGCAUGGACUUUGAUCAUAUUUUCUUUGUGUAUAUCUCUCCAUAAGAGUGCCCUAACCUCAUAACUUCUGUAUGCAUUUUGCCCUAUACAUGAUCCCUCUAAAUAUAUACUUUUUCAAUAAAGGAUGGCAUGCUUUAGAAAAUGAACUCAAAUAUUCAUGGAAGGAUAUUUUAUUUUUACUUUUAUUUCUCUGGAAUUUGAUUAAAACACCUUUACUUUGCUGAAAAUUAAAUCACGUGGCUGAUUAGUAAAAGUAAAUACAUUAUUAGGGAUUUUUGAGCUAUGCCUCGAUUUGUAGAUGUUACCACAUUUGUUAUUUAAGUUGACCAGUGAGUUGAUGGUUAAAAGCAACUUUACUAUCACUCAAAAAAGAAAAGAAAACAGUAGGAUCAAAGGCAUAAGGAGUUCCUAGCAUUCCUUGAAAAUGACACUUUUGCUAUAAUAUGCAAUAGAGACUGGAAGAGGAUAGAAAAUUUUUUUUAUUAAAGCUUUUAUUUUCAAAAAGUAAUUCUCAACAUUCACUCUUGUGUUCCAAUUUUUUCCCUCCUUUCCCUCUUCCCCCUCCCCUAAUAAUGCAAUAUAUGUUAAACAUGCAAUUUUUCUUUACAUAUUUUCACAAUUAUCAUGCUGCACAAGAAAAAUCAGAUUAAAAAGUGAGAAAGAAAACAAAAUACAAACAAACAACAAAAAGUGAAAAUAUUAUGUUGUGAUCUACACUCAGUUCCCAAUGUCCUUGCCACUAUUAAAAGGGCUGCCACAAACGUUUUUGCACAUGUGGGUCUCUUUCUCUCCUUUGUGAUCUCUUUGGAAUACAAACCUAGUAGAACACUGCUGGAUCAAAAAAUAUGCACAGUUUGAUCACCCUUUGGGCAUAGUUCCAAAUUGCUCUCCAGAAUGGUUGGAUCAGUUCUCAACUCCACCAACAAUGUAUUAGUCUCCCAGUUUUUUCACAUCCCCUCCAACAUUUAUCCUUAUCUUUUCCUGUCAUCUCAGCCAAUCUGACAGGUGUGCAGUGGUACUCAGGGUUAUCUUAAUUUGCAUUUUUCUGAUCAAUAAUGAUUUAGUUACCUUUUCAUAUGAUUAGAAAUGGUGUCAAUUUCUUCAUCUGAAAAUUGUCUCUUCAUAUCCUUUGACCAUUUAUCAAUUGGAGAAUGGCUUGAAAUCUUAUAAAUUUUAGUCAAUUCUUUAUAUAUUUUAGAAAUAAGGCCUUUAUCAGGCCCUUGAAUGUAAAAAAUUUCCUCCCAUUUUAUUGCUUCCCUUCUAAUCUUGUCUGCAUUAGUUAAGUUUAUAAAAUUUUUUUUUAACUUAAUAUAAUCAAAAUUAUCCAUUUUGUAUUCAAUAAUGUACUCCAGUUCUUCUUUGGUCACAAAUUUCUUCCUUCUCCAUAGAGUUGAGAGGUAAACUAUCUGAAAAGAUUGUCUCUUAUGGGAUAAUCCCAGAUAUAAGGAACUUAAAUCAAUAAGCAUUUACUAUGUGCCAGACAUUGUGCUAUGACCUGAAGAUACAAAUAAAGAAGAAAACAUAAUCCCUGAAUAUUAAUAUUAUUAUUAUAGAAUAUUAAUGUUCUAAUAGAGAUGAUAAUAUACAAAAAAAUUGUUAUACAAUAUAUAUGUAUAUAUUUUGGCAUCUGAAUAUGAUGCUGUUUGAGUGGUCUAGAGGUUAGUGGCUAUAAGAGAGUUAUUAAGAAUCCCCUUUAAAUCGGCCACAGGUUUUAGGAGUGAAAGAAUUCACUCAUUCCCGAAUAUUAGUUGCAAAAUGCAAGUUUAUUAUUCGAUAGAAAUCAGUUUACCAAGAGACUGACUUCUAUAGUGGCAGAUUUAUGAAAAAUGGAGUUUUGCCCUGAGAAUGCAGUUCUCAGUGGACAGAAAGUCCUGACAGCAAAGGGAACUACCAAAGUCCAUCUGCAAAGACUUUAGCUGAUGGAAGCUUAUUAUAUUGGGUUAUCUUGAUGAAGGCUGGGACAACGGGAGCAGAUAGAACCAGUGGGGGCUGGGCAGCCCAGGUUGGCUCUGAUCCAGUGAGGUCUGGGACAAUCCCAGAUCUCCUAUUGGAAUUCAAAGGGAUGCUUUUUGACCAGAAUUUGUAACUGAAUCAAAGGCUCUGGCAUCCUGGAAAGAUAAUUUGUCUGGGAAGGAUAUGUCUCAGCCAGGAGGGACUGAGAAUCUGAAAGGAAUCACAGAUCAAUAGGAAAUAUAGUUUCUUAAAGGGACCCAACCUUCAAAUACACACAAAGGUAGCAUGUAUAUAUAUACAAAUAUUUAUGUACAUAUAUGAAAAAUGUAUAUUUAUUUUACACAUACACAAUGUAAAUGGAAGGUCAUCUCAGAAGGAAGGUAAUUAGCAACAGGCUAGUAACUGGUGAUCAGAAGAUGCUUCAUUUAGAAGUUGGGAUUUGAGCUGAGUUUUUUAAAAAAAGCUAGGAAAACUAGGAAGCAGAGGUGAAGAGAGAGAACAUUCCAGUUGUGGGGGACAGAUAGGAAUAUGCAGCUAUUCCAAUAAUAGCAAGAUGAAGGCCAAUGUGCCAUAAAUAUAGAUAGCUAAAAAAGAACUGAGAUUGAGGUAAGGGAGGGGGUGGGGAAAGGGACAGACACACAAGAGGCUAUGACAACCACAAAGUGUCCUGAGAAUAAGUCAAGCAGAUAUGAAAUAAAAUAUCCAAACAGGGAGUAGGGGGGAGGUUGCAGGUAUGUGUGUGCAGGGGAAGAAAUACUGGUAACUAAAAUCUUAAAACAUUUAUCUAUAUUCAUAUACACACACACACACACACACACACACACACACACAAACACACAUAUAUGUAUAUAUAGUUAAUGGGUUGAGAACUGGCUUCCUGAACCAUCACAUAAUACAAAAAUAAAAAGGAAAGAGAAACAGAAGAAUGGGAAAUCUGUUUAAACCAAAUUAUUCUUUUGUGUAUGUUGUAAAAAUGUCUUUUUAUUUUUACCUUUUGUUUUUACAUUAGUUGAAAUUCUGAAUAUAUGCUGCCCUUAUUCAUUGAGACUUACAUUGUAACAAAGUUUAAAAAUAAAUUAAAAAAUAAUUCUGCAAAAUCAACAACCAACAUAUACAGCUGAUCUAAUGAUUUAUUUCACAACCUCUGUAAAGAAGGGAGGUAAGUAUGUUUCCUAACUCUUUUCCAGGACUGAGCUUGGUUAUUACGAAUUUAUCUAUUUAAAGUAAGACAUUUAGGGGGUUGCUAGGGAUUUGAGUCAGGGGUCCUAUAUUUAGUACUGUAGAGGAGUCUGGGCAAGGUCUUAGGAAACUCAAUACUGGUUGUCAGAUUCAUGUUCUGUCCCAGUUAGGCCUGAUUCUGGUUAUGGAGCCAGGAUUGACGCAGGGAUUGGCUCCUUGGGAAAGGGAGGAAUGGGUUAGGAUACUUUUCGGGAGUCUCUUCUCUUUACAGAGGGAAUGCAAAUAACAGAUUCUGGACUUUGAUUUUCCACCUAAGGUCACCCGGCUGAGCCGGCCAAUUCAGAAAGCCAGAAAAAUGGAGACGGAGUAGGAGGAAGGGAACUGAAAGGAGAAGAGGAGAGGAGUGAAAGAGCUAUGAAAGGAAGGGGAAGGAGGGAGAGAGACAGAGACAUGGAGACAGAAAGACAAAGGCAAAGAGAGAGAGACUGAAACAGACACUUGAUGGUUUACUUUAAGUAACAACUAAAAUCCCAGCUCUUACCCCCUUCUGUUCUUCAUCCAGCUUAUAGUUCGUUUUGUUUAUAUGUUUGUUUUCAUGUUGUCUCCCCGAUUAGAUUGUAAGCUCCUCGAGGGCAGAUCCUGUCUUUUUGCUUUUUUUUUUUUUUUUUUUUUUUUUUUAUCCGAAAAGCCUAACACAGAGCCUUGAUACAUGUAUAUUAAUUAAAUCAAUUAAAUAACUGAGUGCGCUUAAUAAAGUUUAUUGAUUAUGGCAGACAGAAAGAAUCGGAAGUUGACUGAAAGACGGCGGUAGUGAAAAAUAACAAGGCUCUUAGACUCUCUCCCCAGUCUGUACAAAGAAUCUGUCAGAGCAGGGUUGGCGAAGAGGGAAGGGGGUAGUUAAAGGUGUGGUGGUUUCUCUUUUGGGGCGGGGUAGGGGCUUAGAGGAUAGAACUGGCCUGAACCUUUGCACGCUGCAGAACCGGGUACUCGGCCUCUAGUGCCCAAGUCUACUCACCACGACCAGAAGAGGAGACAACUUCAGCCGAUUUUUGCCUCCAGGAACCCUCCAUUUUGGUCCCUCCUCAGGCGCGCCCCUUCGAGCCCAGACUUAGGCCACGCCCCCCAUCAGAGCCCCACCCCUUCAAUCAGUCCCCAGGCCCUAGCAAAGAGGCGGCCGGUACCUCAGAACUGGGGUUGUUGCAGCAGAGGCGGCGAAGGCGGGGUCGGAGGCGGGGGCGACGGCAGCGGCAGUUAGAGCCGCCUAACCCGAUGGCUGCGGUGGGGCAGAGAUCCGGCCCUACUGCCGGCGCGGAGGCUUUGGCUCUGGCGGCCGAGCUGCACGGGGAAGCUACGUGCUCCAUAUGCUUGGAGCUCUUCCAGGACCCCGUGUCCAUCGAAUGCGGCCACAGCUUCUGUCGUUCCUGCAUCGCCCGCUGCUGGGAGCGCCCGGGGAUCCCGGUGUCACCUGCUCCCCGUGCCCUGCCCUGUCCUCAGUGCCGGGAGCCAGCCCGGCCCAGCCAACUCCGCCCCAAUCGCCAGUUGGCCGGAGUGGCCAGUCUGCUCCGCCGCUACAGCCUCUCCCCGUCCGGAGAUGGGGACGGGGAGGGCGCGGGGAGCCUAGUGUCCGGCUGCAUUCAACACGGAGAGCCUCUGAAGCUCUACUGCCAGGAUGAUGGGCGGGCCAUUUGCGUGGUGUGCGAUCGUGCUCGGGAGCACCGCGCUCACGCCGUAUUGCCGCUGGACGAGGCGGUGCAGGAGGCCAAGGAGAUGUUGGAGUCCCGACUAGGUGCCCUGAAGAAGGAAUUGGAAGAGUUUGAAGAUUUUAAAUCCAUGGAGGAGAAGGAGAGCCGGGAGCUCUUGAAGCAAGUCACUGUGGAAAGGGAGAAGGUCGGGGCUGAGUUCCAAGCACUGAGGGCUUUUCUGAUGGAGCAGGAAAGUAGGCUGGUGGGGCGUCUGGAAGAACUGGCCAGAGAAGUGACCCAAAGACAAACUGAGAACUUGAACCAACUUGGCAGUGAAAUAUCCCUGCUGUCCAAACUCACCACUGAGAUGGAAGAGACAUCCCACAAACCUGACUUGGACUUCCUUCAGGAAUUCAAGAACACAUUAGGCAGGUGUGACAAUGUACCAGGCCCCAAACCAGCUUCAGUCUCUUCUGAAAUGAAAAGUAAAGUUUGGAAUAUUUCACUCAAGACCUUUGUUUUGAAGGGACUGCUAAAGAAGUUCAAAGAGGAUCUUCGAGGAGAACUGGAAAAAGAGGAGAAAGAUAGAUCCCUGUACCAGGCACAUUGGGGGGGAGAGACAGAAGAAAGGAAGAAACAUGGUCCCUGCCCUUGGAGAACUCCUGUGGAACUGACACUGGAUCCUGACACAGCCAAUCCCCGCCUCAUCCUUUCAUUGGAUCUAAAGAGCGUCCGCCUGGGCCCACGACCCCAAGAUCUGCCUCCUAAUCCCCGGCGCUUUGAUACGAAUACUCGAGUGUUGGCUUCUCGUGGAUUUACUUCAGGCCGUCACCACUGGGAGGUGGAGGUGGGCUCAGCGGAUGGCUGGGCCUUUGGGGUGGCUCGGGAGAGUGUCCGGCGUAAGGGCCUUACUCCUUUUACUCCUGAAGAGGGUGUAUGGGCUCUUCAGCUCAAUGGUGGGCAGUACUGGGCUGUAACAUCUCCUGAACGUACUUCACUGAGCCCUGGGGGGCGGCUGGCCCGUGUUCGGGUUGCCCUGGAUUUAGAGGCUGGUGCAGUGUCUUUCUAUGCUGCUGAGGACAUGCGACACAUCUACACCUUCCGAGUGACCUUCCGAGAGCGAGUCUUUCCCCUCUUCUCUGUCUGCUCUACUGGGACAUACUUGAGGAUCUGGCCAUGAGAUAGGACCAGGUCACUCAGAGGAUGGGGCUGAUUCACACCUCUCGCAUACUGGGAGCUGCAAGAAGUUAAUCCUGUACAGAUCUCUCUCCCAACCCUGGCUUCCCACCUGGCCAGACCAAAUUGUUUUUUUUUUUUUUUUUCCUGAGAAAUGGGGUACAAGCAGCAAGUUAAUGUAUGUAUAGGUCUCUACCAAAUCCUGGCUUCUUGUUUGCUAUAUGCUGGCUUUAUUCCUUCUCCAACUUCUUGCUGGGCCUUAUCAAGGAAACAGCCAGAUUAUCUCAUUCAGUUUUUUACUCUUUCCCCUCCUUAUUUUGGACUACCUUUUCACCAAAACUUGUCUGUGGAUUUAACCUUGAAGACUGUGGAUGCUGGAGACUUUGGCCAACCCUCCCCCUUGCCUCUUUUGGCAGGUGGCAACAAUUGUUGCCAAGUAGCAAGUUUAGGCUGUACAUAUCUGCCUGGCUUCCUGUUCCUGGUCUCGAUUGAGCUCUAGAUCUUAAAACUGUUCUGUGUUUCCUUUCUCUGGCUAUUUAUAUUGGUUUUCAUCUCAGUUUUCUUCUGCAUCUUCAUUUUCCCUCAGACCUUAGAAAGUGUUGGGGAAAGGUAGUAGGAAAUGGAAGAGGGACUAAGUAUAGGUUCCUGCUUACUUGAAUCUCAACUCUGUGCUCUCCCAGCUGAGGAGGAAGGCAGCUCUGGACCUGGGGCAGUAUGAUUUAUUUUUUCUGCUUUGCACUUUUGUCAGGUUGUAGCCAACAGGAUCAAAAAUGGACUUAAAGCUGAGUGGACUUGGCUGCUUGUCUUUAGACUCAGAGGUCAUCAAUUUUCCUGGCUAUAACUGACAUUUGGAAUUGGGAAAGAACUCUGUUUCCAAAAUAUCAGUCUCUGUCCAGAUAAAAAUUAAAUCCUUGCCUACGUGUGUGACAUGUACCUGCUUAAGGGAAUAAAUGCCAACACACUUUUUGGGAAUUUUUGGGAACUCACACUGACCCAUAACUUUUUCCCUCUCUUUUUCCACUCUCAACCAUAUAACAGAUUACCAAUACAAAGAUACAACUACCGUUGACAGUAGUGAUGGAUCUCUGCACCCAUAUGCAUGUAAAUCCAUACUCAAAACUCCACAAGCAUAGUCACUUAGUGUACAAACCCGCAGGCAACAAAUCUCAACACAGUUAAUAUUCAGGUACUUUCUGCCACAAAUAUAUAUUCCCACUGUUUUACCAAAUGUUGUAAAUACUCUUAACUCCUUUCCAAGAAGCACACACAUAUAUGUACUGUCUAGACCUUAAAUCACUGGGUUCUAGGUUCUCCCUCAUGAUUUCAAUGGCCUCUUUACCAGAAUGGUGCCUCAGUUUCCUUAAUUUGUGAGACUUCCUGCUCUUGACGACUGAUACAGAGAGAGGGGAACAGAAUAAAAGGGGAAGAAUGAAAAAUGGCUUUCCCUGAUCAUACAGAAUAUGAGUUCAUCUUGAGUUGGUUUUUUGGAUGGGAAGGAGAAGAUCUCAUUCAGAUGUUUUUGAGUCUAUGUGUGGUUGUAUCUAUGGAGAAAUUCUCUAUACUGAAUGAUAAUGUGAUUAUUUCUGUGUGAAUGUAUACAUUAUUUAGUGGAUCUGGAUAUUAGUGCAUGUGUGUAUGUGUGUAUGUGUAUAUGUGUAGGGAGUAUACAUUUAUUGUAGUCUCAUGUGAAUGUAGGUAUAUUUGUGUGUCCUUAUGCUGUAAGUACUAAUAUGUUUUCUUGGGUCUAUGUGUUAAUGGAUGAGGAUUUCUGAAUGUUCUAUUAGUAUGUUUGAGUCCUUGAUUAUAAUAUAGAUAUGUUUGCAUGUAAGUUUGAUAUAAUUGAGUGUAGGUCUCUGUAGCAGAAGUGAAUACUGACUUGACUAAUAUCUGCUCUGGAUAGGGAGAAAGGAAAAAUUUGGUAUAGACUAGACCUUAGAGCAAGUGUUAUUAACUUGGGAUAUGUGAACUUGUGUUUAAAAAAUUUUGGUUAACUGUUUUUCAAUAUAAUUGAUUUCCAUCGUCACCUUAUGUAUUUUAUCUUAUUCAUUUCACAAUAUUAUUCUGAAAAGGGGUCUUUCCGUAGUUGUCAUCAGAUUGUCAAGAGGGGCCCCCCCAAGACACAAAAAGGUUAAGGCUGUAUAUACAGCAAAGCAGUUACUUGUAAUUUCAUCCUGCUUCUGUUAGAUUCUGUGACUGGCACUCUCUGUUCUCCCAUUUUCGGUAGGAUUUGAGGUUCAUUCCCUCACUCUUUAUGUUAAAUGUUUAAAUGAUGGUCUCUAUUAAAUGACAGAGGUGAGUUGGGCAGUUGUGGGAAUUGGAGGGUCUGUCACAUCUUAUGGGGUAGAAUACUACCACCUGUAAAGGCAGCAGUAGAGCAGAACUUUUGAGGAACUAGGCUUGAGAUGAGUCCAGCUUUCCAUGCUGUCUUGUAAACUCUCUGUCCUUAUCCACUCCAGGAAUCCUGCCUUUGAGUUAAUUGUAUUCACCUUAAUUUCUAUUGUCCUCUUUGUUUUUUUUUUAUUUUUCUCUGUCCUCUGUUUUAAAAGGGCAUUUUCAUACUUUCCUCUUUCUGGACAUAGAUAUUUGUCCAAAAACUCCCUUUUCUCUUUAGGGAUCCGUGUGUCUAAGUCUUCCAGUUUCUGGGAACUAGAAUUAAUACUUAAAUGACUAAUUUUGUAUAUAGUAGUAAGACAUCUAAGGUGCUCAACACAGUAUUUUUCUCAUAGAUGCCCAUAAAAAUUUUUGAUGAAAAGUGUAUUUCCAUCUGUAUGAUAACUAACAUUUCUAUUUCACCUAACUUUAUAGUUUAGUGCUUUAUAAAUAAGUAACAUUUUAUCUCAGCAAUCCUGGGAAAUAGUAGCUAUUUUUAUCCCUAUUUUAUAGAUGAAGAAAUUGAGGAAAGAAGUUAAAUGACUCAUCCAGGGUUUGUACAGUUAAGUAGGCAGGAUUUGAACUCAUGUCUUGUGUUCAGGGUCAAGCAUUUAAUUACAGAAUUGGAUUACUAGGAAUUGACUACUAUGAAUAUAGUAGAGAGAUUACUAGGUUUGAAGUUAAGGACCUGACUCUAGAUGCCAGCUUUUUUAUUUCUUUGGGAAUGCAAAUAUAAAACGAAAAAUCCUUAAGAAGUCUGUUUCCUAUUGAGGGAGACAAUAAGUAUAGUACAUGAAUAGGAUAAUAUGAAAUAAAUACAAGGCAAUUUUUUGGGGGAGACAGGCCCAAGAUUCUAGGGAGAUCAGGCAAGGCUUCACUAGCUAGAUUAAGAUUGAAGAGGUAAGAUUUUAGAGUUAUUUGUGCCCUUACCAUCUCUUGAGGUACUGCAAAAGCUUAAUUGACUUAUAAUCCAUCCGUCAUGCAGCUGCCAAACUGAUAAUUCUUAAAAAAAAAAAAAAUUUAAAGCUGCUAGAUAGACAGUCUACCAAAAUAUCCUCAAUACAUGCGUAGAUUGAAUUACAAAAUAUUCCUUACAGAAAUAACCAUUUAAAUACCUGGAAUAAUAUAUAGUGCACAUGGUUGAGCUGGAUCAAUAUUUAUAUUCAAAUAGUACCGAAGUUAAUAUGAAGAUUUAAUAUAUGUACCAAAUAAGAUUCUUUUUGGUGCUAGAUGACAAAACCAUUUGGAGGAAGAAGAUAUUCACAUUAUCAAGGAAAACGAUAAAAAAAAAAAGGUAGGAAUUAAUGUAGAAUAUCUUUUCAGGUCUUUAAACACAAUACAAAGCAAAAGUCAUCAAAACCAUUUGGUACCAGUUUUUAAAAAUAGAAAAGUAGUCAUCAGAACAUAGGAAACAAAGAAGAAUCAGAAAUUUUCGAACCCAGUGUUCAAUAAAUGUCAAAACAAAUUACCUUGGAAAGACCUUAGUUGAUAAAAACACCUAAGAAAAAUGGAAAAUAAUCUUGUAGAAAAUGGGUUUAGACCAUCUUUUUUUUACAAUAACAAGUUAAAGGUGGAUGUGUGAUCUGAAUAUGAAAGAUCCUACUAAAAGAAGCAUAUACUUUUCACUGCUUUGGGUAAGUAAUAAAUUAUUAAGCUGUCAGAAGAUGAAGAUAUAAAACAAUUUUGAUUAUAUGAAAUUGAAAAACUUGUACCAACUAGGAUAAGAGAAGUGAUCUUUGUUUCAAAUAUCUCUGACAAAAAGUUCAUACCCUUUAGGGAUCCUAUUGUCCACAAUGACUCCAGAGAAGUCGUUGAGAAAAGAAAGUUUCUACAUUCUUCUAAAAUGUUUAUAGUUUUCUCUUGUGGUCACAAAGAACUGGAAACAAGUAGAUACUCGUCUGUUGGGGAAUGGCUAAGCAAAUUAUAGUACGUGAAUGUGAUGGCCUAUCUUAUAGCACAGUAAGAUACACUGAAUAAUGAGAAGCCUAGGAAGACAUAAAUUGGUUCAAAGAUGAAUUGGUUGAUGAAGAUUUCAAGAGGAUGGACUUCAAAAAAAAAAGUCACCAUUUUGUGUGUUAUAUAUGUGAAAAAUAAGUCUAUAGACCUUUUUCUAGGGACUUUCUAGGUUUCUUUUCACCUGUUCUCUGUUAACUUCUGGAAUGCUACCAAAUAAGGAGACAGGAGGAAUUUCUCUUGCUUUUCUCUCCUCCCUUUCCUCCCUCCCUUCCCCUGGUAAUUAAAGAUUUCCUUAGGGCAGAAGCCCAAUGUGUUUUUUUUUCAUUUGUCAGUGUAAAUCUGAGACUUGAGAGUUAACGUUCCAGAUCAAGAGGUGACAAAAAGUCAUGUUAUUAGAUUGAAUAUUCUGAACAGGUAUAUAAACUCAUACACAUUGCCAUAGAAGAGUAUGUCCAUGGAUAUCGUUCCUGAACUACUUCCUUAGUAAAGGAGGGAGGAUUUUCUAGGCAGUAUGGCUAGAAUGUUGCUUUCCAGCCAAGGAGGAAGGCUAGCCUUGAAGAAGGUUAAGGAUUAAAAAGCAAAAAGCAAAAAUCCUGCCUUCCUGUCCUUAAAGCAGUAUAGUUUGGGGGGGGAGGGGGGAAGAACUAUAUAUAAUAUUUCAGUUGUGGGGUACAAUAUGUACAAAGGCCCAUAAAUGAGAUUUGGAGUACCUUAUUUAGAGAAUAGCAAUUUGGCCUUUUUGGAAGGGAAAUGGAUACGAAAGCAAAUAAUGUGUAAUCAAUCUGGAAAGCUAGGUUAUAGCAACAUUGCAAAGGACUUUAAAUGCAAAACAGAAGUUUGUAUUUCAUCCUAGAGAUGUGCUAUUUCCUACAGUAAGUCUGCAGUGUUCUGCCCUUCAAUAUUACUUUAUUUUACUUUUCUAUAUAUAUUUUGGGACUGCCUUUUUUCUGCUUCUGUCCUCUUCCCUUUUUAUAAGAUCUUUGAGGGCUUGAUGGAGUUGGCAUUUGGUUUUGUUUUUUUCCAUUUGUAGGCUUGUUACCUAGCAAAGUAUAUAGUACAUAGUACAUAGUAGUUGAGUAAUACAUGCUUAUUGAAUUGAAUAGGGAAGUAAUGGAGCUUCUUGAGCAGAAAAGUGACAAGUUUAUACUUUGAGAUUAUCUAUUGGAAACAAAACUGAGUGCUGUCGUCAGAGUCUCAACUUAAACCUCCCUCUCUUUGCAGAAAUAGGAGACUAGAUGUGGAGUAUUGAAUACAUCAGAUAUGGUUGGUGUAUCAGUUGGUUUAGCUGGAUUUUUUUAAUGGUUUUUUAUUUUUUUAGGUUAUACAUACAUGGUUAUGUAAGUUACACAUAACACCUUUUACAUAUUUCCAUUUGAGUUAUGUUGGGAGGGAAAAAUCAAAACAAAAGGAAAAACCACAAGAAAAAAAAAAUGAAGAUAGUAUGCAUUGCUCCACAUUUGGCCUUCUUAGGCUGUCAUCUCUCUGAUGAAGGCAUUUUCCAUUCACAGUUAUAGGAAUUGCUUUUGAUCACUGAAUUGCUGAGAUGAACCAAGUCUAUCAUAGUUGAUCAUCAUACAAUCUUGUUACUGUGUGCAAUGUUUUCCUGGUCCUGCUGCUUCACUCAGCCUCAUGAACUUUUUUUUUUUUUUUUUUUAAAGUCUUUGUUGUAAGGCAUGAUAAGAUGGUAGAGGAAAGUAUUAGUGUAUUAAUACUUUUUAAAAAGUUGAUUUCUACUGAAAUUUUUGCAACCACUGUGCCCAUCUCCUCAAGAGAGCCAUCCUUUAUUUUUUUUUUUUAAGAAAAGAGGAAAAAAAGUAAAGAAAAUGAACAAACUGGUCCUCAAAUGGGAAAAAAAAGUAUUAUAUGCUAUGUUAUACACUGUGUAUAUCUUCUGACACUAUCUGAUAUAGUAGUGAAGUGCUCUAAAGGUGCUUGUUGAAUGAAAUUUAGUUAAAAAGUUUUGACCUGUCUCAUGAUCAUGAAACCAGUAGUUAAAAGACUUGUACUUAAGUUUUCCUGUCUCUAAGAUUGACCUACCCACAGCAAGAGAUGGGAUAUGUUUAAGAGACUCAUAUCUCAGCUGAUUCUAGUCCUAGAGAGGCCAGAAUAUAAUCAAAGUGAUAAUGAAGUUGAAAGUAAAUGGUCUUCUAUGACUCGAUCCCUUUAUGAGAUAUGAAAUCUUUUGUAUUGAGUCAAGAGAGGAACAAGAAUUGACAGAAAAUUAUCUUUUCCCUUUGUGCCUUGAAUGAAUUUUAGGACUGGAGAGUUGGAAGCAGUUGUGGUAGAGAUUCUUGCCUCUAUGGGAAGAGAUUUGCUUUGAAAGUACUUGACCAAUAGAAAAAUGGUAUAUUCAGCUGGAAGCAGAGACUCACAUUCCAUAUAGAUUCAGAUAGAGACCCAAGGGAGGAAAAAGCUCCAAGGAAAUUAGCAGCAGAGAAAAGAGAAAGACUCAAGAAAAUAAUUUUGAGAGUCCAAUUGAGCAACUAGCCCAGCAGACUCAGAACUCAAAGUGCAACUAUGAAAAGCUUGUAUAAAGAAAAAACAUUGCUAGGUCUGAAAUACCAAGACUUGGGAGGUGCCUUUUCCAUUGCUAUGUCCUAUACUUGUGCUUCAUCAUCGUACCUAAAGUCUUUGCCCAUAUUGUCCAUUGAUGUAUUUGUGGGGCACUUCUCCCUAGUUUUAUGUGAGGAAUGUUUCACACCAAUUGUACUUGGUAUGUACCAUCUUAAUAAAUGUUUUUGUCCUGCAAA